UUUAUAUUCUCCCAGGUUUCUAAAUCAACAAUUUAGAAAUGUGUUUCAAAUUUGUUAAAGGUCCAAAAUGCAGCCAGGCAAUUGCAAAUCAUUGCUGAAAUAUUUAGAUGUUCAUUUAUAAUGCAGGAACUUCUGAUUUAUGCUGACGAAAUAAACACGACUAGUUGAUAGUGUCUGUUCUCAAUUGUCAUUAUAUAGCAUAUGUGUGAUUGCACUUACACGCCUUCACACAUAUCUGAAAAAGAAUUUGCUGUCUUUAGGUCUUAGUCGCACACACAAAAUCCAAUUUUGCUUGUGCAAAAGGUUAUUUUUUUAUGAUUUCUAAUGAGAAAAUAAACUAAAUUGUACAUAGUCUAUCUCUAAAAUAAUGAAAAUAAAAGUGAAAAACAAGACAAAUGAUACUUGUUGUACACCCUCCUUUAUUACAAUUUUUUCAUGAUGAAAAUACGUUAUGGAUUUAUAUGAAACAUUAGUAAAAUAGUCAGGAGGUGGAUUCCAACUACUCUGUAUGUACAUAGAAAUGUUGCUUAAGGCGUUUUGAUUUCUAAGUAAAUAUCAUUUUGUAUAGAUAAACAGAAAAGAUACAAAAUCUAAACAGUCAUGGCUGUUUACAUUUGUGGAAAGCGAUAUCGUGGAAGUUGGCCGGGAGUAUUCAGCAUGGUUAUGCAACCUUAUCAAUUUUAUCAAUUUUGUCAAUUGUCGAAGUUAUCAUGUCAGAUCCAGGAAAGGUGUAUGCUGUUAGCAAUGCAGGAGGCUUAGGUUGGGGAAGGUGUGACAAAUGUGAUAAGUAUCGUCCUCCACGCUCACACCACUGCAGUCGAUGUGGAAAGUGUGUAAGAAAAUUGGAUCACCAUUGCAUAUGGAUUAACAAUUGCGUAGGUGAAGACAACAAUGGCUUGUUUAUACGCUUCUUGUCUUAUUCAUGGCUCCAGACAAGUGUCUCAGCAGUAUUAUGUCUUACCCACUAUAUGAACUGGUUUCCACCUUGCGCAACAUGUAUUGACUUGAACAGUCAGGAUGGCUACUUGAAAAUUAAAAUUAUCAUCUUAUUUCUUGAUGUUUCAUGGUUUAUUGUAUUCCUGUCUGGUUUGAUGGUGCAUAAAUUAAUUCUUCUAGCUGCGGAUAUGACAACAAUAGAAACUUUUGACAGCGGUGGUUUACUUCGAGCGAGGGUAUUUGAUAUUAGAAACCCUGGUUUUAUAAAACAUCUUUCUGUAGCAUUUGGUACUACUAACAUGUUGUUAUGGUUUGUUCCAUGUUGUUGUGGAAGCCGUAUUGUGCCUGAAUAUGAAAGCCCAGUUGAAAGUCCAUGGAUGUAUAAUGUGUGACAAAGAGGGGUGAUAAAAUAAUCCUGUUUUGUCGGACAAGUGUGUUACCACUUCGGAAGGUAUUUUGUGCAGGUGUAUUGCUGAUGUUUAAUAACACAGUGCAUAAAAAGUUUAUGUGGGUAAUUGAGUAUAAUCUAAUGCUAAAAUUUGGACAAUGUGACAAAGAGACAUAACAUAAACUGUUUUAGUCUUACCAAUCGAAACGUUUGUUACUGCUUCAAAAAGGUAUAUUUUGUACGUGUAUUUUCUAUGCUUAUGCACGUACCUUAUGAGGAGAAAAUUUGGCACUAUGGUUGAAAUUGAUUUAACUCUAAAUUUAUUGAUUUAACUGUAAAUGUAUUUAACUUAGGAAGUUCUCAAAUAUUUUAAAUUAAGCAUGGACAAAAUUUUUUCCCCAAAUUUACCAAUCCGGCCCAAUUUUUUCCACGCCAGAAUCUCUCCUUUUUAGGUCUAUUGUGCAUUUUAGUGUUGUCAUGGACUGUAUGAAUACACUUGAUUUUUAAAGGCUUUUAUAUGUUUUACCAGUAUUUUUUUUAUCUUAGUUACAGUUUUACAAGAACUUGUUAAAGGUCAUGUUGAAGGGGUCUAUAUAUGUCAUGAAGGAUUUUCGACACUAUUUCCUUAAAUAUUUCAUGCAAAUAAAUAUAUAGACUGACAUGAGAUAGUAUUCACAGUAAUUUGAUUAGAUACAAAUCUAACGGAGUUGAGAUCUUUGAUUUUAACUCUGUGUCAAUAUUUUGGGUAUGUGAUUUAAAGUAAUUCAAUCUGGCAACACUUUUGUGAAGACCUGCCUGUCACAAAAGGAAAAAUCACUGAGAAAAGAAAAGUACUUCUUUUGCUGUAAUAUUUCGUGCUUCACUAUACAAAGUAAAAUAGACACAGAAAAAGUACAUUUAGUGUACUCUAUUGCUUUUUAAAUAAAUCUGAAACACAACCAAAUAAAAUUGGUUAAUCUCCUAAAAAUUUUAUCUGUGAACUCUAAACUAAAAGGAGUUAACUUAAUGGCUUCCGUCUUCUAUGAGAUCUUCAAACAAAGUUAUUUCAAAUUAGUUAUUUCUUUUUUUUGCAUAUGAAUGGUGAGUGUGCCUUGUUUUAGCCUUAUCAAAAUUUUGGAUGGGGCUGUUUGGAGCUUGUUGAGCAUAGAUAGCUAAAUGAUUCAUUAUUACAAUCUUAUUGCUCUUAACAUUACUGUACAUUUUAAUUGCUUUUAAAUUGGUGGGCUUCCUCACAUUUGCAAAGCAAUUCAAUUAUGGUGAGAAAGAUAACAAAAAGUUGAAAACAGAUUUGGAGCAGAAUUGGUUAGCACAGUUAUCGCUUAAGUUGUAGGUAGUCUUUAUGUUAGCAAAUGUUUCUUUCAUCAGCUUGAUCGAUUGCAUAUUUGAAAAAAUACUUUUUACCAGUACGAGAAUUACAGAAUAACAUUGCUGUAGUAAAUUAUUGAAAUGUUGAAAUAUUCAUUUCUUAUCAUGAUCAAAUUAUACCUAAAUACAAGUUUAUUCUUCUUUAUUAUUAAAUAACCCUAACAGCUUACUUCCUAAUCUUUAAUUUUUUCCCCGAAUCUUUCCUGAUUUUGGUUCUUCAAACUUCCACACCUCUGAUGUCAUCAAUCCAUUUUUAUUUGUCUGUCACAUCAAUAUUAUUUUGACACAACAAAUGCUCAACACAUGAGAUGUAACCAAACCAUGCGUCCAACAUGGUGUUCCAUUGUUCACAUCUACACUGUUGAUGUUUUGUACAUCAUUUCGACAUAAAAUAUCUAAUUCUGUGUGACGGUUAUUCCAUGCAACAUGUUAACUGUUUUGUUUGAUUUUGUCUUUUGCCCAAACAUUAAUUUUGUUAUUGAUGAAACUUCCCACUAUUGAUCAAUUGUUUAUUAAUAUCAAAAAUAAAAUAAACUUUAAAACUUACUUAUUUUGAUUGAACAAAAAUUCAACACAUGAGAUGUAACCAAACCAUGCAGCCUAAUGUAAUGGUGUUUUGUUGUAAACAUCUACACUGUUGGUGUUUUGUACAUCAUGUCGACAUAAAAUAUCUAAUAUUGCGUGAUGGUCAUUCCAUGCAACAGGUGUUAACUCUUUGUUUAUUCUUUUUUCACUCAAACAGUACUUUAAUUAAUAGAAAGUUCCAAUAGUGUGCAUUCAUCUUCCUCUCUCAUGUGGACGAUGUUUAGAUGGAUUGUGAGAAAUUGAUCCCUUUAAAUUCCACUAUUGAUGAAUUGUCUUUAUAACAUGCUGUCCACAUCAAUAGUGUGCAUUCAUAUUCCUCUCUCUUCAGGGCGAUGGUUAGAUGGAUGGUAAAGAUACAGUUAAUAACAUUUUUUAACAGUCAUAACAUUUUCGUUAAGCCAAUUCCCAGUAUAGUUUUCUUGUUAACACACAAAAGGCAUAUCAGCCACUUUAAAAUUAUAGAAUUUUUAUCCUACAGUGUGAAUCCAUUUUUAUUUGUGAUCAUCACAGCAAUAUUUUUUUGACGCCACGAAGGGUUAACACAUGAGAUGUUACCAAACCAUGCGUCCAACAUGGUGUUCCAUUGUUCACAUCUACACUGUUGAUGUUUUGUACAUCAUUUCGACGUAAAAUAUCUAAUUCUGUGUGACGGUUAUUCCAUGCAACAUGUUAACUGUUUUGUUUGAUUUUGUCUUCUGCCCAAACAUUAAUUUUGUUAUUGAUGAAACUUUCCACUAUUGAUCAAUUGUUUAUUGAUAUCAAAAAUAAAAUGAACUUUAAAACUUACUUAUUUUGAUUGAACAAAAAUUCAACACAUGAGAUGUAACCAAACCAUGCAGCCUAAUGUAAUGGUGUUUUGUUGUAAACAUCUACACUGUUGAUGUUUUGUACAUCAUGUCGACAUAAAAUAUCUAAUAUUGCGUGAUGGUCAUUCCAUGCAACAAGUGUUAACUCUUUGUUUAUUUUUUUUUCACUCAAACAGUACUUUUAUUGAUAGAAAGUUCCAAUAGUGUGCAUUCAUCUUCCUCUCUCAUGUGGACGAUGUUUAGAUGGAUUGUGAGAAAUUGAUCCCUUUAAAUUCCACUAUUGAUGAAUUGUCUUUAUAACAUGCUGUCCACAUCAAUAGUGUGCAUUCAUAUUCCCCUCUCUUCAGGGCGAUGGUUAGAUGGAUGGUAAAGAUACAGUUAAUAACAUUUUUUAACAGUCAUAACAUUUUCGUUAAGCCAAUUCCCAGUAUAGUUUUCUUGUUAACACACAAAAGGCAUAUCAGCCACUUUAGAAUUAUAGAAUUGUUAUCCUACAGUGUGAAUCCAUUUUUAUUUGUGAUCAUCACAGCAAUAUUUUUUUGACGCCACGAAGGGUUAACACAUGAGAUGUUACCAAACCAUGCGUCCAACAUGGUGUUCCAUUGUUCACAUCUACACUGUUGAUGUUUUGUACAUCAUUUCCACAUAAAAUAUCUAAUUCUGUGUGACGGUUAUUUCAUGCAACAUGUUAACUGUUUUGUUUGAUUUUGUCUUCUGCCCAAACAUUAAUUUUGUUAUUGAUGAAACUUUCCACUAUUGAUCAAUUGUUUAUUGAUAUCAAAAAUAAAAUAAACUUUAAAACUUACUUAUUUUGAUUGAACAAAAAUUCAACACAUGAGAUGUAACCAAACCAUGCAGCCUAAUGUAAUGGUGUUUUGUUGUAAACAUCUACACUGUUGAUGUUUUGUACAUCAUGUCGACAUAAAAUAUCUAAUAUUGCGUGAUGGUCAUUCCAUGCAACAAGUGUUAACUCUUUGUUUAUUUUUUUUUCACUCAAACAGUACUUUUAUUGAUAGAAAGUUCCAAUAGUGUGCAUUCAUCUUCCUCUCUCAUGUGGACGAUGUUUAGAUGGAUUGUGAGAAAUUGAUCCCUUUAAAUUCCACUAUUGAUGAAUUGUCUUUAUAACAUGCUGUCCACAUCAAUAGUGUGCAUUCAUAUUCCCCUCUCUUCAGGGCGAUGGUUAGAUGGAUGGUAAAGAUACAGUUAAUAACAUUUUUUAACAGUCAUAACAUUUUCGUUAAGCCAAUUCCCAGUAUAGUUUUCUUGUUAACACACAAAAGGCAUAUCAGCCACUUUAAAAUUAUAGAAUUGUUAUCCUACAGUGUGAAUCCAUUUUUAUUUGUGAUCAUCACAGCAAUAUUUUUUUGACGCCACGAAGGGUUAACACAUGAGAUGUUACCAAACCAUGCGUCCAACAUGGUGUUCCAUUGUUCACAUCUACACUGUUGAUGUUUUGUACAUCAUUUCCACAUAAAAUAUCUAAUUCUGUGUGACGGUUAUUCCAUGCAACAUGUUAACUGUUUUGUUUGAUUUUGUCUUCUGCCCAAACAUUAAUUUUGUUAUUGAUGAAACUUCCCACUAUUGAUCAAUUGUUUAUUGAUAUCAAAAAUAAAAUAAACUUUAAAACUUACUUAUUUUGAUUGAACAAAAAUUCAACACAUGAGAUGUAACCAAACCAUGCAGCCUAAUGUAAUGGUGUUUUGUUGUAAACAUCUACACUGUUGAUGUUUUGUACAUCAUGUCGACAUAAAAUAUCUAAUAUUGCGUGAUGGUCAUUCCAUGCAACAAGUGUUAACUCUUUGUUUAUUCUUUUUUCACUCAAACAGUACUUUAAUUGAUAGAAAGUUCCAAUAGUGUGCAAUCAUC